CUCAAUGUCGCCACAAGGAAGGACCACUUUCCUUUGCCGUUUAUUGAUCAAUUUCUCGACAAACUAGCCGGCCACCCCUACUAUUGUUUCCUAGAUGGAUUAUCGGGGUACUACCAAAUCCCGAUUGCCCCGGAGGAUCAACCGAAGACCACCUUCACAUGCCCUUUUGGCACUUUUGCUUUUUGGAGGAUGCCAUUUGGAUUUUGCAACGCUCCCGCCACUUUCCAAAGGUGCAUGUUUUUUAUAUUUUCGGAUAUGAUUGGUGAGUUUAUUGAGAUAUUUAUGGAUGAUUUUUCCGUGUUUGGGGAUUCAUUUCUUGAUUGCCUUGAUAAAUUGGGGAAAGUUUUGAAUAGAUGCAUUGAGAAUAAUUUGACACUUAGUUGGGAAAAAUCGCAUUUCAUGGUGCCUAGUAGUAAUGUGCUUGGUCAUGUCAUUUCAACUAAAGGCAUUGAGGUCGAUAAAGAUAAAAUUGAUGUGAUUGAACAACUUCCACCCCCUUUGAAUGUUAAAGGAAUUCGUAGUUUUCUUGGACACGCCGGUUUUUACCGGAGGUUUAUCAAAGAUUUUUCGAAAAUAGCACGACCAUUGUGUGCCUUGCUUGCUCUUGACGUGCCUUUUGAUUUCAAUGAUGAGUGCAUGAAUGCUUUCAAUGAACUAAAACGUA